UACAAAGCAGUGCCGAAAACGCAGGGGUAGCCCUUUUCUACGGCAGCAAAGCCGGCUUUUAAAUGGUGUCUUAAGGGUGGAAAUGUUAAGAGUUGUAGUGAAGGGAACGCAUUCACUUAAGUUCUUUGUUAUUAAAAUCCCAUCAGUUUUUUAAUUUUUUGCGUACCAUGUGACCUUUGAUGCAUUUUCCAUGGGGGCUUCCCUUCCCCUACACUUUUGUUUUACCUUUUACUUGUAUAUAUAAUUCUAUAUUUAUAUAUAACUACAAGAGCCCUCUGCUUGUCAACACAAUUAGGACCAGCUCAAUUCAAAGCCAAGGCCUCUCCUUCUUUUCGUUGUGAACUUGGACUCCUCAUCUUGGUUGGUGGUGAAGUCCUAGUGUUGAAAAUUCUGAUAGAAUACCAACCUCUACUUGUUUCAUAGCUAGCGGUCUAAGAAGUUCAUAUUUGUUGUUUUUACUCAUUUGGGUUGUGGUUUUUGGUGUUGGAUUGAUCUGGACUUGAAUUCAAAUGACGGGGCUAGCUCGAAACCAGAAUGCGAGAAGCGGGGAUUACUUGGAAGGAAUGCUAAAUGAUUAUGUUGGAGGGAAGGCCAAGUUGAAGGCUCAUAAGAGUACUUCUGCUAGGCUUGUCACUGCUCUCACUUGUCUCCAAUUUGCGUUUGCUGUUUAUGCAACGUUCUUACUCUACUACAUGAGUCCUUCGAUCGAUUUACGAACCAAACCAGAUUUUGCAUGGGCUACCAAGAUUGCACAGCAGUGGAAACACUUCAUAAUCCCACCCCACAUUCUUAAUCACUACCAAGUAUCCUCUUCUCUUGUUGGAGCCGAAAUCCAACCGAUCACACCCUCAGACGUUUGUGAGCAAGAAAAGAUUGAUUUCAUGCAAAAGAAGUCCAAUGAUGCACAGAUGAUCAAGCUGAAGACAGAACUUUACAAAGAGGUAUUGGACUUUCAGAGCAAGUCCAUUGGUACAGAAACUCUUGCUCAGCUAAUGGCAAUGAAAUCAAAGUGGGAUUUGAAAGGUCCCAACAGACCAAAAAUCACUGUGAUCUUAAACCACUUCAAGAGAAAAACACUUUGUGCUCAGCUUGACACCUUGCAUGAACAGACCCUUCCUUUCCAUCAUGUUUGGGUACUUUCAUUUGGGAGCCCAAAUGAGCUCUCUUUGAAGAGGAUUGUAGAUAGCUAUAACGAUUCGAGGAUAAGCUUCAUAAGUUCAAGCUAUGACUUCAAGUACUAUGGAAGAUUCCAAAUGGCUUUACAAACCGAAGCCGAUCUUGUGUAUAUUCUUGAUGAUGACAUGAUUCCUGGUAAGAAAAUGCUGCAGAUAUUGUCACAUGUCGCUGGAACAGAGAAGUAUAAGAACGCGGUUUUGGGCAGCAUAGGGAGGAUUUUGCCAUUUAGGCAAAAGGACUUUACCUUUCCAAGCUACAGAAAGUUCAGGUCUAAGGAGGCAGGGCUUUAUUUGCCUGACCCUGCUUAUGACAUCACACUGGAUAAAAUUGUGCAGGUGGACUUUCUUUCCAGCUCUUGGUUCUUGUCUGCAGAGCUUGUUAAGACACUUUUCAUUGAGACACCCUUCACCUUCUCAACCGGUGAGGAUCUGCACCUCAGCUAUCAGCUACAAAAGUACAGAAAUGCUGGCUCAUUUGUUCUGCCAGUUGACCCAAAAGACAGGGAAACUUGGGGUGACAGUGAACAUAGGCUUGCUUAUGUGUCUGAAACCACUGUAAUUUUCAAAGAUAUUGUUCAAGUCAGAGAUGAUCAAUGGUGGAAAGCACUAUCAACUGGUUAUAUCACUCAGUGGGCUGCAAUGUAUCCUCAAAAAAUUGAUGCUCUCUUCUAUGCUCAUUCUGUUGAUGAAGUUAAGGCACUUGCACCCCUUCUUGAGAAAUUCAGGUCUACUGUUGGAAAGAAAGCCUAUAUUGCUGUCUCCGGAGGCAAUUACUGCGCCUGUGAAGAUGCAGCAACUGCUCUAAAAUGGCCUCAGUUGGUCUGCAAAGAGCGAAGGUUUAAGAUAUUCGAUUUGGCUGUGGGGGCUCUUUCGGGAGUAUCAAACUCGGAGGUGGUAGUGCUGCAAGGAGUGUAUUCUAGCAUGAAGGGUUUGAUCAAAAUUCACAACCCAAGUGUGGUGAUCACAGUGGCUGACAUUGACCCUAAUGUGAAGAAAGCAUUGAAAAUGGCAACAGAGACUAAUUUGAAUGCUACAACAUUGGUUCUUUUACCAAGGCCUUCAAUUCCAAAGGUUCUUUGGAUGGCUGAUCUUAGAACAACAGCAUUGCCAAAUUGGAACCGAAUGCGGAUUUCCAUCAACAUCAUCACCCAAAACCGAGUUCAUUCACUUACAAGGCUUCUCAAGUCUCUCAGUGAUGCCUACUAUCUUGGGGAUGAGGUACCUAUCAGCUUUAACAUGGACAGUAAAGUGGAUGAGGCAACCGUUAGACUAGUAAGUUCAUUCGAAUGGCCUCAUGGACCUAAAACCCUCAAAAGGAGAAUCAUCCAAGGAGGGCUUAUUAGAGCUGUCAGUGAGAGUUGGUACCCUUCAUCUGAUGAUGAUUUUGGUCUGCUACUCGAGGACGAUAUCGAAGUCUCUCCUUACUACUAUCUAUGGAUCAAAUAUGCCCUCUUGGCCUACCAUUAUGAUCCACAAGUGUCUCUCCCUGAGCUAUCCUCAAUUUCUCUUUACACCCCUAGGCUGGUUGAAGUGGUGAAAGAAAGGCCUAAAUGGAAUCCAACUGAGUUUUUCAAGAAAAUCCAUCCAAAUACACCUUAUUUCCAUCAGUUGCCCUGCAGUUGGGGUGCUGUCUUCUUCCCCAAGCAGUGGAGAGAAUUUUAUGUCUACAUGAACAUGAGGUUCACUGAAGAUGCCAAGAAAAACCCAGUUCAAAUUCCCAAGUCUAGGACCAAUGGUUGGCAAGCUUCAUGGAAAAAGUUUCUGAUAGACAUGAUGUACCUCAGAGGCUAUGUGACUCUUUAUCCCAAUUUUCCGAACCAGGCAAGCUUUUCCACUAAUCAUAUGGAGCCUGGGGCUCAUAUCAGUGCCAAGGACAAUGUUGUGAAGCAUGACAAGUCAGAUUUUGAAGUGCCAUUGUUGAAGGAAGACUUUAGAAACUUUUUGCCAGGUGGCAAAUUUCCUCCAGCCUCAAGGUUGCCAUCUUUGAACCUCUUCAACCAGCCACUCUCCCUUAAAGGCCUAAAGGCAGCUGGAGCCAAGUUGGGGCAGGAUGUAAUUGGAUGCAAUAAUGCCACAGAGAUAGUGAUGGUUGAUCAUCAAACAGGUCUGCCAUCAAGGUGUGCCAAAUUUUAAAUUGAAUUGUUGUAAUUUGUUAUUCUUUAUUUUUAUACAAAAAACAAAUGUUUCUGUAAUUUCCUUCUUUCCUUUUUUUUUCUUUUAACUUUUUGUGAGUGGGGUUGGUGUGAGAGCAAUUGGGUGGAGGAAACAGUGCUGAAUUAGGUGGUGAGGAUAGAAUUUUGGCAAGUAGAAUUGGGAUUAUAUUGCUGAUGUUGUAAUGCAGCCAAAGUGGCUUGUAUAAAAACCUUGUGAGUAACCAAAAGUGGUUAAUGUGACUUUAUAAGCAAAGGAAAAGAUUGUUCAAUGAA